AUGUCUGCUACUCAAGUGAUCACCGCGACUACGGCUCCUAAGGUGCAGCAUGUUGGCCAGGCUACAUGGCGUGAAACUCGUCCAACUGAGCCGAUUCCUCAGUUCCUGAUCGACGAGGCCAAGGUUGAGACCAGGCAGUCCUUUGAUGCCAAGAGACACUUGCGAUAUGAGCCCCCCAGCAAGAUCUACACCAUGAAGGAGAUUGGUCUUCAGGGCCAGGGUAUCUCUCCCGUUGCAGUCACUGCACCGUUUCAGCUUUUCACGGAAGAGGCUAUCAAGCAGAUGAGGGCUGCGAUCUUCAGCCAACCUGUACUUGAUAACUGCCUUUACAUGUCUGAAUUUGUCAAAAGCACUCUCCGCGGAAUGGGAUCGGCGCGUGCCCCUUUCACCUGCGAUGCCUGGAACAGCCCCGAAGUCCUGGCUAAGGUUUCUGAAGUUGCUGGCAUUGAACUGGUCCCUGCAUUGGACUACGAGAUUACCGCUAUCAACAUCUCCGUCAACGACCAGACCGUUCUCAAUUUCAAUGCCCCCAAGACGGAUGAGGAUGAGUACCCCGGCUUUGCGUGGCACCGUGACAGCUAUCCCUUUGUCUGUGUUACAAUGCUCUCCAACUGCGUCGGCAUGACUGGAGGAGAAACCGCACUGAAGACCGCCUGGGGUGAGAUCAUGAAAGUUCGCGGCCCUGCCAUGGGAACCGCCGUGGUUAUGCAAGGACGAUACAUCGAGCAUCAGGCCCUCAAGGCCAUUGGAGGUCGCGAGCGUAUCAGCAUGGUUACCUCGUUCCGAGCCAAGUCUCCUCACGUUAAGGACGAGUGUGUUCUGACUGGUGUUCGUCCUAUCAGCAACCUGUCAGAGCUGUACGGCCAAUACACUCAGUACAGACUGGAGGUGCUUGAGGAGAGAAUUCGCGAUCGCUUGAAGAAGGAGCAGUGGCGUGAACUUGCUAAACGUUCUUUCGACAUCGCUGACGUGAAGACGUUCUUGACCGAGCAGAAAGAAUUCAUUGAGUCCAUGAUGGAGGAGCUUAUUGAGUAG